AGGCUUUUUACGUUUUACCCCCUCCAAAACCUCCACCCACCGUCGCUGCUUCCCGCUUGAAAUCCCUAGCUUUGUGCUGUGUGGGCGAUGAUAUACUCCCUCCCUCCAAAUUCCCAACUCCAUAUCUCUAAUUCUUGUUGCACAUUUCUUCCAAGGGUCUUCGCUUGUUGACUACUUCUUCUUAAUUUCGGUUUUCCCCCAAAUUCUACAGCGUUGAAUCUCUUCUUAAAAGGUAAUUACUAAAAUACCCCUGAUCCAAGUCAUCCACCAUGGUCGAACAAAUGGUCAGCUCUAACCUCAGCAAAUACGGGCUUGGAAAAUGUCCAAGCAUCAUCAGCAGCAGCCCCGAUAAACCACCAACACCGCUAGUUACCACCAAGGACAAAACCGUAAAAAACGUGCAAAAUCCUCCGCCAGUUGCCGCCAAGGACACAAAUGUGAAAAGCGUGCAAAAUGAUAGUAAAACCGGACCUCCCGAAACCCUUGAAGCCAAGAGUCCUCCCGGGGGUAGUAAUGUCAAUAACCAUAAUCUUGUUUAUGCUCGUAGAAAAUCCGAUGGAGAACAUAUAGGCGAUAAAAGGCGCAGUAGUCCUCAAAAGGGUAAUGAUGUCGUGAAUGAGCAAUCGAGUGUCGUUAAUUUGUCGGCAAUGGAGCAUUGGAAUACGAGAUUUGUUCAGUUGCAAAAUUAUUUGAAGCAGUGUGAUAACUCAAAUCAUGAGGUUUAUCUUCAAGAACUCCGAUCGUUCUCUCCCGAUGAAUGUAGUAGACAUGCGGUUGACCUCGAGAGGCGUGCCAUCCAACUAGUUGUGGAAGAAGGGAGAGAGAUACAACGGGUGAAAGAUUUAAAUGUACUCGGUAAAUCCACGGGAAACCAUCUACUUCUUCGACAAUCUAUUCCUAUAUUCAAGUCGGAGAAGCUUGUGUAAAGUACAUUGCUAUUUCUUGCUUGUGUGAUUUUAUCGGGAAUUGUUGUUUCUAAAAUGGCCUUCGUGGACGUGUAUAACUAUCGAUAUCUUUCAUGUUGGAGUAGAUGAAUAUAUAUGUAAUGUUAAUGGAUUA